AUUAUAAAGCGGCGGAAUAUUCGCCGCGCGCCCUCAGUCACCGCCGCGCUACCGAGCGAAUCGCACGCUCUUGUAAUGCAAUAGUGGCAAACGCACGCGACGACGACAUGGAGGGCAUACCUCCGAGCCACGCACAGGAACCCGAUGAGGGCAUCGCCUCCGACCGUCGCCCGUCCACCGACGAUCACGCCGACCUAUCCGACACCGCCUCCGAAGCGGGUUCCGGCGGGGGCAAGGACUCCGGCUGCGAAGUCGCGCCCGACGCCCAGGAGCCACCCUACACCCCGCCCGAUGAAGAGCUCGCCAACAGGAUCGUGUCCCAAGUGGAGUUCUACUUCAGUGACGCCAAUAUCACCAAGGACGCUUUCCUACUCAAGCACGUCAGACGGAACAAGGAAGGGUACGUCUCCCUCAAGCUCAUAUCGAGUUUUAAACGCGUCAAGCAUUUGACCAAGGACUGGAGGGUGGUCGCCGAAGCCCUGAAGAGAUCAACUAAAUUAGAGAUUAACGAUCUGGGAACUAAGUUACGACGUAUCGAUCCCCUGCCCCCGUACGAUGAGACCACGCCGUCGAGGACGGUCGUCGCCGUCCGGAUGCCGAUAGACAAACCCUCGGUCGAGAACGUAUCGAGGCUGUUCGCGAGCUGCGGGGAGAUCGCGCUGGUGCGUGUGCUGCGCCCCGGUAACCCAGUGCCCGCCGACGUCAGGCAGUUUCUCAACAAGAACCCGAGUUUGGUGAACUGUGUGUGUGCGCUAGUAGAGUUCACCGAGUCAGAGGCAGCGAGGGGAGCGCUCAGGCUCCAGAGUCAGGACGAGGAGGGCAUGAAGGUAUACGAGCUGAACGGCGUACCACGGGAGCCGAAACGCAAGGUUCCGGUGCGACGGACGCCUACGCGCCGUCACGAGUGCGAAUACUCCUCAUGCUGCAGCGGCUCUGAGGCGGAGUACGACUACAGAUACGCGAACCCGUUCUACAGGAGGAACUCGAGCGGGUUCUUCGCACCGCGGUCGCCGGAAAUCCAGACGUGGGUGCCACGGCGGCAGUCGACGUGCAGUCACAGCUCGGACUCGGGCGUGUCCUUCUUCUGCGGGUCUAGGCGCGCGUCCCAGGCGAGCACAGGCAGUGCCAGCAGCGCCGAGGGGUGGCUGGCGCGCCGGUUGUCGGGCUGCUCCCUGUCUGGGGCGGAAUGUGGCGGCCGCCGCAUGUCAUGCACGCCGCGCUUCGAACCGCGCUCGCCGAUGGUGCCUGACGGCACGCGGGGCUUCCACGCCGCCGCCCGCCAGCGGAGAAUCUCCGACCUGGCGCUGUACUCGCGCUAGAAAGCGCUCGCCGACCGUAACACCUUUCUAAUCACAUCGAGUGCCUUUCACGUUGAGGCCCCAACGCUUAACGUUAAGGAAGCGUGUUCGCGAGUCCAAUGAUGUUACCUAAACUGUUGAAUGUGAGAUGGUAGACAUAAGUUAGUCCUAAUCCCUUACUUUUUGUAUUUAUUGAUAUUUAUUGAGAGUCGAGGCGAUCGGAGCGCGAUGGCGCGGUUUUGAGUUUUCAUGCUAUGUCAGAGUUGUGAGCACAAAACGGAAGAAACAAAAUCGACAUUAGUUGCUAACGUAGACUCAAAUCUGUAGAGAUUGUAAAUUUAUAUGGUCGAUAUAAGUUUGGCGGGAUUGUUCAGUUACAUAAACUUAGCGAUGCGGACGCGUGUUUACGGCCUGUAACAGAGAGAGGGCUGCGUAAUUCGUUCCGCCAAACAAGAUUAAAAAAAAAAAUCAGACCACGUCGUCGUUGAGCCGAUCGCAAUGUCUCCUUUUCUUUUUUUUAAUUUAAUUUAAGUCAUGUAAGUCAUUUGCGCCAUGUCAUUAUUUCCAUUAUCGAUUUUUUUUUAUUUAAUAAGUUUCGUUGUGAUUUAUUUGUAGAUAGUACCAUUGUAGAGUUACAUAACAUUCACUUUCUAGUGUACGCGAGUGAGUUGUGUGGAUUGAAUCGAUUGUUUGCUCGAUUUAACUAUAUUUAUUAAAAUGUAUGUAAAUCUGAAGAGGUCUUAUGGUGGUAUAACGGUUAUUGCACAACGUCUGGUGCUAUCAUGGCGGACCUCUUCGUUACCUUUAGCUAUAAAUGUGUAAUGUAAAUUUUUUUGAUAAUAAUAUAAAUUUUUAAAGA